AAUUCGCAUCCUCCCAUUGCUGAAAAGAUCAGAAACGCGUUUCCUUUUGAUCGCAGAGAGAGAGAGAGAGAGAGGGAGACAUGUCGUCGUAAUCUCUCACCCUUUAAAUCUCUCUCUCUCUUUCUCCCUUUCACGAACACCCUAGAUUCUCCAUUUCUUUCUUUUUCGUCACAUUGAUAAUCAAAACCCAAUCUCUUCUUCUUUCCCUGUUUCAAUAUGUGUCCUUUGAGAUUCCUGUUAGUGUUCUUCUCUGCGGUCCUCGCUGGAUACUUCGCGUGGAAGACGGUGAGUUCUUCUUCGCCGGAACUCAUCGGAGACGACGACUCAGCGGUUGAAUUGAAUGAUAAACAAGGACUCUGUUUCAGAAAGAGGAUGGAGAAUGGGUUUUGGGUGUUCGUCGACAUGGCCAGCGGAAAGUACCUUUGGAGGAAUCUCAAGGAGAUGAGAGACAAGUCUCAAUGAAGAAUGAAGCUUGAUUACAAAAAAAUUUCAUCUUUUUUUUCUUUUGGUCUCUUCUUUGUGCAGAAUGAUAAUAUACUUAGACGAGUUGUUCUAAUUUCAUCUCUUUGGGUUUUGUAAUUUUGAUUAAUUUUGUUUGUAAUCUGGAAACACCACACAAAACAAUAAAAGAAAAAUUUGGAGUU